AACUUGGGGCAAUUUUUGGCAGUUAUUGCUCUUAUUUCUAUUAUUGUCUUUGGCUCUAUUGGAUAUGUGAUAAUGACAGCUAGAAGCUACUAUAAGCCUCUUGAACCUGAAGUAUACGAAGUGUUGUCUUACUAUAAAUAUCCAACCCUUUCAGCCAUUCGUACAUCUUUGAUUGACCUUGACACGCCAAAGGAAGCUCAUACCAAAAACAGCUUCCAUGAUAAUGAACCCUGGAAAUUGGUUUUCUCUGAUGAGUUUAAUGUUGAAGGAAGAACUUUCCAUGAAGGGGACGACCAAUUCUUCACUGCUGUCGAUCUUCACUAUGCAGCCACCAAUGACUUGGAAUACUAUACACCUCAUAUGGCCGAAACUAUAAACGGAAGCUUGAGGAUCACUAUAGAUGCUUACCAAACAAAUGGUUUGGACUAUAUUUCAGCUAUGUUGCAAUCAUGGAACAAACUCUGUUUCAACAAGAAUGCAAUGGUUGAAGUCAGCUUACGAAUGCCUUCUUACUCACAAUCAAAAGGUCUUUGGCCAGCAGUGUGGUCCUUGGGAAAUUUAGCUAGGCCAGGAUAUAUGGCCACAACUGAUGGAGUAUGGCCAUAUACAUAUGACGAAUGCGACUAUGGAAUUACGCCCAAUCAGUCUUCGCCGGAUGGAAUAUCAUACUUACCGGGACAGCGGUUAAGCAAGUGUACCUGUCUUGGACAAGACCAUCCCAAUCUUGGAGUUGGCAGAGGGGCACCUGAAAUUGAUAUAAUAGAAGGAACCCAUGCUGGCUAUGAUGAUUGGGCUCUUGGUGCACAGACAUUACAGGUUGCGCCAUUUGAUCCCUGGUGGAGACCAGACUACGACUUCUUGACUAUUGAAAACUACAACCAUACUUCCAUGAAAGCUGACACUGGUACCCCACAACAGGAGUCGAUUGCUUCCACCACUGUGCUCAAUCUGGAAUGGUUCGAGAGUUUGAGAAACCGUUCUAACUAUAGCCAGAGUUUACAGAACCACACCCAUUUCCAGACUUACGGAUUUGAAUAUAGAAGUGAAAAGACAGAAGAAAGAGACAGUUACAUUCAGUUCUUUGUUGCAGACGAAAAGACUUUUGGAGUAUAUGGAGAUUCAUUGCAUCCAGCGGGAAAUGUUGGUUGGAGACAGAUAACCAGGGAACCAAUGUCAUUAAUUUUCAACUUGGGGUUAUCACCUACUUGGCAAACUAUUGACUUUGCAUCUCUAGACUAUCCUGCUACACUUGAAAUAGACUAUAUUAGAAUAUACCAACGUGAAGGUGAAGAAGAAAUGACUUGCGAUCCACCAGAUUAUCCAACUGUUGAUUAUAUCAAUUCGCAUAUUGCUGCCUAUCUGAACGUUAAUUUCACCAGUUGGGAACAGGCUGGGUAUAAAACUCCUCGAAACAGCUUUAUGCAUGGAUGCCUUGCGCCAAUUAAGUAA